AUGAAAGCUAAAGUAAAACUGGGAAUGGGCUUAAAAGAAACAUCUCAAAGGCACCAAAAACGUAAUAUAAACAAUUGUUUGAAGAAAUUACAUACAUUAGCGAAAGAAUUACAGGGCUCUCAAAAACUGGUUCAAGACUCUGUACAGAUCCUACAAACUGAACAAUCUCAAAAAGCUCAAAAAAAUAUACUUGCGAAGGAUAAGGAGAAAAGUAAAUCUAGUGAGAAAAAAGUACGAGAAGUGAGAGAAAUCAAGAAACACGAAACCAAAAAAAACCAUGUAGUAAAACAUAAAACAUUCAAAGUGAAGCGUGAACGAAAAACAAAACCUAAUGUUAAAGAGAAGAAAAGUCUGCUUUAG